UCGCAACCUCCCACUACUACCCCUUGCUCCCUCAACCGAAGAAGACUACGAUGGCGACCCUCGAUGACCUGGUGCCGCUGAUCUAUCACGAGAAACAGCAGCCGGGGUCAAUGCUCUGCGCCCAACAUGCGCUUAACGCGCUCCUACAGGGGCCAUAUUUCACCGCGCCCGAUCUCUCAGAGCACGCGCGUCAGCUCGAUGAUCUCGAGAUGAGUUACGACGACGAUAAUACCGGGACCACGAGCACGAACAUGGAUGAUACGGGUUUCUUCUCCGUACAGGUCCUUGACAGGGCAGUCGAUGUGUGGAAUCUGACAUUAACGAGAUGGCGGAGCGAGGAGAUGCGGUCGUUCCAGGAUCAUCCUGAGGCCCAAAUCGCGUUCAUCUUCAAUCAGAACCAGCACUGGUACACCCUCCGACGGUUCGGAGAGCUCACAGUUGGCUCUACAAGCGGUCACUGGUUCGACCUCAAUUCCUUCAACGAGUCCCCGCAAUGGGUCAGCAAGCUUUACUUGGGCAUGUUCAUCCAGCAAGCCGAGACCGAAGGCUACUCUGUCUUUGUCGUUCGCCAGAAGAACCCUAACGCGCCAAUCGAGAUUCCUCGCACGGACGCGGACGAGCUCGCGAGGGCUGUGCCAGAAAAUGCGUUUGCGCCUCGCGCGUCCUCGACAAGGAUGCCCGGCGGAGACCACAAGUCGCCCUUCGGACACAUCGACGGCCUUGAAGACGAAGACAUGGAAUUGCAAGCGGCGUUGCAGGCUUCGCUAGGGGGCGCUUAUCACGAAUUCGACGUUCCCUUCAACAGGCCAGGACCAGCUACCCAGGACUUCGCAUCGCGCCCUAUACCCGGUGAUCUCAUAGAGGAAGAGGAUGACGACGACGAAUGGGACAGGAAUGAUAUGCACGAUGUGGUGGAUACCUCGGAACCCAGAGGCUCCGUCGAAACUAGCGCAGCGCGGAACCAGCGACUACUCGCGCAGAUGCAGCGCGAGCAGCAGAUGGCGCAGCAAGAGCUGCUCGCAGCAGGCGGAGGGCGACCUAAUCGCGAGUACGAAGAGGAAGAGGAGAUGCUCCGACGCGCCAUCGCGGAGAGCGAGGCAAUGGCGAGGGCGCAGGGCCACUCGAUACCGGACGACGAUGAAGACGAGGAUGUCAGCCACACGCCCGCGGGGAGGCCCCCGGCGAUCCCGCCGGCGACCACUCGCCCGGCAGGGCACAGAGUGUACGACGACGAGGAUGCCGAGUUGCAGGCAGCCUUGAAGGCAUCGAUGGAGGGGUUGCCUGAGGGGUGGACGCCACCGCCCGAGUUCGAGACGAGGAAGCCGGCUGCGCCACCACCGCCAGCACCUGCGGCGACUUCGUCAAGUCUGGCGCCGCCUGCAAGGGAAGAGGAUGAGAAGUCCGAGGCGUCAUUUGAUGCGUCGUCGGAUGCGCCUGAACCUGCACCGGCACCGAGUGUAGAUGAGAUUAGGAGGAUGAGGCUGGCGCGGUUUGGAGGGUCGUAAUGGCUCCGAGUCCUGGCCUUAUCUUCAUCUACUUCUCCUUGUUACUUGUUGGUUCUAGAUAGUUUCUGUGCGUGCUGAACGCAGACUUGGAUAGCGCGAGCUGCAUCCACCCAUGAUAAGUGUACAAUAAUAUCACAACAACAAAGGACAAUGGCACUCCCGUCAAUGGGUGGGCGAUAUAUCGAGAUAGCUAGAUCAAUCCGAACCACUGGAUGUCCUAGAGGGACGUGAUGGGGGUCCGAAUCCCACGACGCCUACUUCUUCACGUCUAACUUAUCCAUCUCCUCCGCGAGUUGCUCCGCCGCGUCCGGCGCCUUCUCCGGCCUCGCACUCCCUGCCUUCCC